AUGGCUCAGAACGUCCUAUCUCCAGAUGAACGGGCACGCCUUAUCUCUGAAGAGAAGGUCCAUCUCGAUAUAGUGUACUUCUCCGAUUUAUUCAUCGAGAUGUUGCGAGAUAAUCUUGAUGAGGCAACCGGACUGGCUCUUUUCCAGAAAGGUUCGCGGGGAGAGCUCAGAUUGCAGCAGUCGGGUGAAUCGGAGCCUGACAGAUGGAAGGUCGACGAAGUUCUCGAAAAUUUUGCCUGGGAUGAAUACUUCCCAAAGGAAGUGCUGGACAGGCUGGAGGGUGGCAGACCGAAUGUAAAGGUUUUUCGUGAUGUUCUCAUUGGGUUUUUGGAGCGAGAUUACACAGGAAAAAAGGGAAAGAGCCCACCGUUUUCUCAGAAAGGCUAUUUAGAAGCGACAGAAACAGAGGAUGGCGAGUAUAUUGCUAAGCAAGCACGCCGUAAAGCCUUCGCCAAGAUCUCCGAGGACUUCUUUGACAGUGAUGAUUAUGAUGCAGGAGGACCACGCAUUCAAGUUCGGGCCCUGGAUUUUGAAACUACCGAGGCGGACCUUCGGUUGCAUUUCCACGUACUUCGGCUUUCCCGUGUUUUGAACCAAGUUAUGACAAGCCCCAUUCUAUCUGAUAAAAUGGGUCUGAAGGAGCGCCGAGCGUUUGCCGCUAGAAUGUGGUCCCUCUCGUUUUGGAAUGUUUUGGUCUUAAUGCAUUGA